UUUCGUCGCUUCAUUCUUCAGAUAUAAUAUAAAUCAAUACAAGGUAGUCCCUUUAACCUACAGGCAACAUCGCACGUUCUUUAGAGUAAAUCGAUUCAAGUCAUCGAUUUCAAAUUUAAAACUAUUUUUUAGUCUACUGUUUCUCUAUGUACCCGAACUGUCAACUUCAUUCUUUUUUCGUGCGAGGCAACGAGCGUACGCGCCAUUAAAAAUGCCGAAACGCAGUGCACAAGAAAAAUUGGAUAGCUACAAAAGGAAGAUAAGGAAAAUAGAAGAACGAGAAAAGCGUAAAAAAGAAACAUCUCGACGUCGGAUUCGACGUCUCUUAGACUCGUCAGAGGACGAGAACAACGAAGAUACAAAUUACAUGGAAUCUCGAGAUGCGACGGAGCCACAGAUGGGCCUGUUGACUCCACAAGAUGACGUGAUGGCAGCACCGGUCUCAGAAGUGCUGGAUGUUGUGACGUCCGAGCAAGGCUCGGCGGAGCCCGUCACUGAGCCAACGUCCGAAGUAGCCUUGGACCCUGAAUUGUUAUUCGCCCUAGGUGCUUCCACAUCCGAUACACCAGAAUUUGGUAAUAAUAUUCAUGACAGUUUAAGUAACUUAUGGACCCCUAUCUUUUAGUACCUAUAGUCGAAUCUGACAGAAAAUAUUUGCGUUUUAAUUUCCAAGCUCCUAAUUCUAAUGAUUUAAUCACAUACGAGUUUACAGCAAUGCCUUACGGCCUAUCCGUGGCACCCAGGGUGUUUACCAAAAUAAUGAAGGAGGUUAUCGCCUACCUCCGGAGACAGGGAUACAUGUCAGUUAUAUAUCUGGAUGACAUAUUAUGUAUUGGUAACAGCUAUGAGGAAUGCGCACUUAACGUGCGCGAAACCUUAAAACUUUUACAGUGUUUAGGUUUUGUUGUUAAUUAUGACAAAAGUUCACUGAUACCAUCUCAAACUUGUAGAUUUUUGGGCUUCCUCUAUAACACUCAGAACCUUACCAUGUCUUUACCGGCAGAUAAAAGAAAGAGUAUUGAACAAUUAGUUCAAAAAUAUUCAGGCUUGCCAAGAUGUACCUUACGAGAAUUUGCUCAGUUAAUUGGUGUUCUAAUUUCCGCUUGUCCUGCUGCCAAAUAUGGUUUUAUGUACACAAAAACAUUAGAAAGACAAAAAUUCAUUUUAUUACAACAACAUAAUAAUAAUUAUGAAACUAAAAUUAUUUUACCAAACUGCAUUUUAGAAGAUCUUAAUUGGUGGCUUAAUAAUAUAUUUACAACUUCUUGCCCAAUGAGAAUUGUAAAUUAUAAGAAGGAAAUUUUUACAGACGCUUCCAGAACAGGCUGGGGCGCAGUGUGUAAUGAUGAAAAAGUCAGCGGCAGGUGGAGGACAGAAGAAUUAGAACAUCACAUUAAUUAUCUAGAACUUCUCGCGGCAUUUUUAGGACUAAAGAGUUUGGCUAGUGAUGACGAAAACUCUUCUAUUAUUUUGCGUAUUGAUAACACUACGGCUAUCAGCUACAUAAACCGGUUAGGCGGCAUUCAGUUUCCACACUUGAACAAUUUGUCUAGAUCCAUUUGGCAGUGGUGUGAGAAGCGAAACAUUUGGUUAUUCGCUUCUUAUGUGAAUACCAAAGAUAAUUGCGCAGAUGCAGAAUCUCGUAAAAUUAAUCCGGACACAGAGUGGGAACUAUCAGAUGAUGCAUUCAAUUCCAUUAUACAUCACUUUGGACGUCCAGAA